UCACGUGAAGAAAAGGUACGAAGAAGUCAUUUCUAACCGCCGUGAAUUUAGUUUGUAUAUAAAAUCACUAGAAAGAUUAAGGAGAAGUUAUUCUAAAAGGUCUGAAAUUGUUUAUCUGUUCGAUCUCACAGGAGGCAGAGGGGACAGCAUGGCUGCAGAGUGGGACGAACAGCAGGCCUAUGAGGAGCUGCUGUACUGGGACGGACUGAUCCAGCAGGGCCACCGCCUCCUUCCCGAGGACUUUGACAGGUAUGAGGAGCUGCGCUACUGGUACGACUGCCUGUGCUACAAGGAGGAGCUGAGACAGUACCAUGAAUACAUCUCUGCUGUUAAAGAGCUGGAGGAUAAACGGCAGCUUGAGGAGAUUGUGUCCCCUCCUAAACAAACUGGGCCUCAGAAUCGUCUCGUGAUGACUAAGCACUCUGAAGUGUAUCCUUCAGCCGAGGACCUUCAGAGCGUGCAGACGAUUAUUUCCCAUGUGGAGCAUGCAUUUAAAACACUGUCUGAACAGAUUGAUGGUGGGAGUACCAGCGGUGAAGAACGUUUUUUGCGUGGCCUUAUGAGGGUCGGUCUGGUUGCCAAAGGACUCUUACUGAAAGGAGACAAAGAAGUGAAACUGGUGUUGCUUUGUUCCAGCUGGCCUACAAUCACUUUAUUUCAUCAAGUGACUGAACAGUUAACUAAACAGCUAGAGGUCAUUUCAGCUGGAACAUAUACUGUCACUCCAUGUCUGGAGGAGGCAGCCAUUGUUGUGAAGAGUACGAAGGAGUCCGGUCCGACUCUCGCUAUCAACCUGACUUCACCUCUUGUCCGGACGGAGCAGCUAGCUAACGCUGCAGACGGGAAAGAAACGCAAACAGUCAACGAUCCGCCGGACGUUCUGGACAGGCAGAAAUGCCUAACUGCCUUGGCGUCUCUCCGCCACGCCAAGUGGUUCCAGGCUAAAGUCAGCAACCUGAGCUCUGCUGUCAUUGUGAUCCGGGUAAUGAGGGAUUUGUGUAAACGUGUUCCUGAUUGGUCUCCCCUCUCAGAAUGGCCACUUGAACUGCUGGUAGAGAAAGCUAUCAGCACAUCUGAGCGCCCAAUGGCCGUAGGUGAAUCCUUCCGCAGGGUUUUAGAGUGCUUUGCCUCUGGAAUACUCUUGGAAGAUGGCCCUGGCAUAAGGGACCCAUGUGAAAAGGAAGACCAUGAUGCCACCGCAAAUCUGACUGUGCAGCAACGCGAGGACAUCACCAAGAGUGCCCAGUUUGCCUUGAGGCUGUGCGCAUUUGGACAGAUGCACAAAGUGUUGGGGAUGGACAACAAACCAUAUAAAUCCCAGAAAUAUUUGAAAUACUGCCGCAAAGACGGCACAGACCAGAUAGCUCCUGCUUCUCGCUGCUUCCUCCCAGCUAAGAGACCCUACUCAGCAGUGGAGACGGAUGAGGAUGAGUCCAAAGCAAACAGCAAAGAGAGGAAGUUUGAGAAGGGCUUUCUAAAGAAACAUUUUGAUCCGAACAUAAAUCCUGUGAUGCGCCUCAACCAGUACCAGUCUCGCCUGGAGUACAGGCUUGUCUCUCAAACUGGUCCAGUCCACGAGCCGGUGUUUACAAUGUCUGUGGAUGUGAAGGGAAAAACAUACGAGGCUUCGGGACCUUCCAAGCGAGCUGCCAAGCUAAACGUUGCCAUCAAGGCCCUGAAAGAUCUUGGUCUUCCAACAGGCCUAGAGUCUAAAUUGGAGCCAAGUGGAGAUGCAGAUAGUUCACAGAAAUCCGACAGUGCUGCACCCUCUACCACAACAGAGGAGGUUGGUCAGGGUCCCCUCUUAACGAAAAAUGGGAAGAAUCCAGUGAUGGAGCUCAACGAGAAGCGCCGCAGCCUGAAGUAUGUGGUGCUGAAAGAAACUGGAAGGUCCAGCGCCAAGUCCUUCGUCAUGCAGGUGGAAGUUGAUGGGCAGAAGUUUCAAGGAAAAGGAUCCAAUAAAAAGGAAGCAAAGGCUCACGCUGCCCUGGCUGCUUUGGAAAAGUUAUUCCCGAAUGACGAUGGAGCUUCAAACGGCAGCCGAAUUGCAGCAAAGAAGAAGGUCAUCUACACUGACAUGCACAUCCCAGGAUUUGGCACAAUCCGUGGUAUUCCUUCAGAUACUGGGUCUCGAAGCUGGGGUCCUGGCAGAGGAGGGGGCCAAGCCAGGGGCCGGGGCCGAGGCCGGGGCCAACCAUUUGCAGCAGGACCCAGCUAUAACACAACUAACUACAGCUAUGAGAGCAGCUCUGGCACAGGCUACCAUACGUUGUACGGCAACAGUGCUGCCAGCAGCACGGGCAAAAACAUCGACAUAGCUGGAGUAGACGGCAGCACCGGCUACGGUACUUUUUACCCAGAGAGCGGCUCCACCUACUCCUCCCCACCCGUAUCCAGCUCCAGCAGCACCAAGGGACAAAACUACCACUCCAUGCCUCCACCUGUUGACCAGCAGAGCCCAUAUAGCUAUGGGUAUGGAGAGGAGAAGAAGAAGAUGCUGACCCAAAGCAAUCCUGUGGGUCAGGCAGGAAACUCCUCCACUUACAGCACAGCCUAUCCCAGUUCUGUUACAGGAGGACAUUCAUAUAAUAAUUAUGGUUGGGAGAACCAGUCCAGCUGGGGGAAUCCACAGGGAUUCGUCACGUACCAGAACUUUGCAGGACAAAACCAGAGCUCGUACUCUGGAUACAACACCAUGAAUUACUGAUUCUUUCUCAUCACAAUACUGAUAAUCCAGAGAAACCACUACUGGGAUUUUGUUGUUUUGGUCCAUCAUUAGUUGACAUUUUGUAAAACAGGUUUGUUUUUACAUCAUCAAAGCAGUUUGUUCUUCAUCAGGAUGUGAUUCUGAUGCAAAGAUUUGUUGUUAAUAAAGAUGCUCUAACCUUGUUCUAUGGCAA